UGUUUUGAUAUCUCGAAUAGCCUUCAAGCUGAAAUGUAACUUGAUUAGACAAGGAUGCACAGUAUAUUUCUUUGAACUGUUGCCACUCUAAGAUAAAACAUCGUUUAGUAAGAGAGUAAACCUAAGGUUAUCUGUUGUACAGGCCUUCGAGGCACUACGUUUUUUUUUUUAUUGGAGGGAAGAUCAAGUCCAGAAUAUGGAGUCUUGGGUGCGAUUCAACGCUCAGAGCCAAGCGAAGGAAAGAGUUUUUAGGGCUGCGCAGUAUGCCUGCACGUUGCUUGGUUACACUCUGCAGAAGGGUGGGGCGAGUGCUGAUCUCUUGACCACCAUUAAGCACUUGGAGGCCCAUUUGAGUUUAACCAGGAAGCUGAUGAGACUUGGGAACUCUGCGGAGGCUCUGGAGGCGGCCAAACGGGCGGUGCACCUGUCGGACUGCGUGCUGCGUCUGUGCAUCACUGUGGCACACCUGAACCGGGUCAUGUAUUUUGCCUGCGACAACAUACUGUGGGCUGGCAAGACCGGUCUGCUAGCCAACCUGGAUCAGAACAAAUGGAGCCAGAGAUCAUUCAGAUAUUACUUGUUCGCCCUCAUUCUGAACUUGACCAGAGAUGCGUAUGAGAUCCAUUUGCUGAUGGAGAGAGAGGCACGGAGCAGCUCAGCCAAAGGUUCCCUGUCCAGCCCCUCUCCUCUCGCCCCUACCCCAGAAAAUGGAGAAUUCUCCCCCAGCCCUUUCCCCUCCCCCGCCUCAGCUCCAGUCCCCGCCUUCCCCGUCAUAACGGCCCGCCUCCACAGGCAGCUCCGCCUCCUGGUCAGUGUGUUGCGGAGUAACCCGCCCCUGCUCUUGGACCUUUUGAAGAACCUGUGCGACGUCUUCAUCCCGCUGGACCGGCUCGGUCUCUACCCAACUGGGACGGGAUUUGUGGGUGCCUGUGGCCUGGCUUCCUCCAUCCUCUCCAUCCUUACGAUCAUCCACCCUUGGCUAAAGCUCAAGCCCUGAGCCCCACCCUCCCCAUCCAUGAACUACAAUUCCCAUAAGCCAUUGGUUUGUUCCUGAAGUGGAUGACUCUGUUCCGUGUGGUUUUAACAUAGGGAAAAUAUCUGUUUGAGUGUGAGAGAGUGUGUGUGUGUGUGUAAAUAUGAUUGUGAAUCAGUGUACUGUAUUCUCACACUGAACAUGGUCUUUGUCGUCAGCCUUAGGUGAUUAGCCAGUCAGUGGACUGUGCUUAUUUCUACUGACACCUCUGCUCUAUGAUUUCACAGCACAAACCUUAUACCUGUCAUGUUCUCACUAGUCAAUAAGAUAGAUGUAAAUAAACUAACAAAUAAGUGAGCAACUUAUAUCAAAAAUAAAGCAGAUGGAACCUCUUACUUUUA